AUGGUAGACAUUCAUCCCCAUGCAAUUCUCACUGAUCAAUGCGAAAGCAUCAGGGCUGCUAUCAGGAAAGUCAUGCCUGAAACAAGACACAGAUUCUGCUUAUGGCAUAUACUUAGCAAAGUGUUAGAGAAGUUUAAGGGUGUGGAAGAUUUUACAAAAGCAACCAAUGAGUUUAAGGCUUUAAUAUUCGAUAGUCUGACAAUUGAGAUGUUUGAAACAAAUUGGAAUGAUUUCUUGACCAAGUAUGCACUAGAAAAUAAUGAAUGGUUGAUGAAGCUUUAUUCUGAAAGGGAGAAUUGGGUACCCAUCUAUCUUAAACACAUGUUCUGGGCUGGAAUGAUGUCUACUCAAAGAAGUGAGGGCAUGCAUGCUUACUUUGAUGGUUAUGUUAACUCAAGAAGCACAUUGAAGCAAUUCGUCAAACAAUAUGAGAUGGCCAUAUGUGGGAAGAAUGAGAAGGAGUUGCUUUCAGAGUUCAUAUCAAAAAAUAGGGUUGUCAACUGCAUAUCUCAGUUUGGAUGGGAAAGACAAUUUCAACAUGCCUUCACUCAUGAAAUGUUCAAGUUGGUUCAAGAGCAGAUUAAGCGCUUGUGGUACUGUGAUGUGAAUCCACCAAAUGAGGAUGAAGAGAGCAAUAAGCUUGGCACAGAGAGAUACAAUACACUGGAGAGGUGCAUAAUCAAUGAUUGGUACCACGAGGAGUUUGUCUACAGGGUUGAGCACAAAGAAAAUGGGCAAUAUUUCAGCUGCAAUUGCAAAAAAUUCGAUUCAAGUGGAAUACUUUGUUGUCACAUCUUGAAAGUGAUUGUUACAAAAGGCAUCGAGGUAAUAAAUGAAAGAUAUUUAUUUAGGAGGUGGAGAAAAGAUGUGCACCGUCCAUAUAUUAAAAGGUUUUGUGCUGGAGGCUAUCCAAUGAUGACAGAGGAAUACAAGAAAUACCAUGGACUUGACAGAGAUUUUGCACAAAUAACUGACGUUGUUAUUGGCAAUACGCAGAAGAUGGAGUAUGAUAAGAGGCAACUUCGAGCUUUGCAAGUGAAUUUAUCAUAA